CCCCCCUCCCCCUUUUCGAAAUAUAUCCAAUCACGAAGACAUCUCUGCUGCAUCUCUGGGGCCCAUGCACUCCAAGCUCCAGAUGUCUUUCCAGAACCUAUGAGGAGUCGACCGAACGAAUCGAGAUUCGAGGUGUCACAUUUGCUGCUGAACUCUGCCAGAGUCCACCCAACUCAGCAGAUGCAGAUGCAUGGGCUACUUGAUAGCAAGGAGAAAUAAUAGCGAAGUUACUGCGCUAAAGUAAUUUACCACUAAAUGCUCAUGGAUCUUACACUUCUCGGCCACUGUUCAAUUCUCCGAAUCUCUUCAACACCUCCCGGAUGAUCGGACGAAGCCCACGGCGACUAGGGCCUCUGUUCAACCUGGCUGUAAAAACCCUGAACACAAAUCGUCCCCAUCCAUACCGGACUUCCCACAACUGUUAGGGUCAAAGUUUACAUGAUUGGCCUACUUCAACAAGCGUCACGAUACUUGCGCCACGCUGCGUCUGGCCACCUGGGGAGCUUCUCGAUUACAUGGGUUCGGUUGGCGCUACCCUGCCUUUGAAUGCUUAAGCGUCCCUUCCACAUACUUUCACUGUGUCCAAACAUGCUUCUCGUCCGAAAGUGUUGUAGGGCAGGUGUAACCUUUCAGGAACGUAAGUCAUGUCGGGGGGCGCUUUCUAUAUAUGGUCUGCCUUCCUUCCUCGUCGUCUCAUUUACUCUCUGUCUGUUCAACAGCGUCCACCUUCCGUUCUUUACCUUCGUUACUUUCCAACUUGAGCCCCAAUUAGAUGAGAUGCCCUUUUAACAUCGUCAUGUUGAACCUCAAAUCCUUGACUGUUGCUUCGGCAGCACUUACACUCUUUUCCGGUGUCAAUGCUGGGCUUUACCCUGUAAAGCGUAACGAGGAGCCACCUCAGCCCUCUUGCACUGAUUUCACUCCUUUUAAAUACGCUGGAUGCUUUGUUGAUAACGGUAGCCCCCGUACCCUGUUAUAUACCGGGCCCAGAAACCAGAACCAAACCGUGCAGGACUGCGUCGCCUUCUGCAAAGGGAAUGACUAUCAGUAUGCUGGACUUGAAUAUGGCGAGGAGUGCUUCUGUGGUGCUUCAGUCAACAAUAUUCAAGCGGAUGAGGCCGACUGUGACUUCUCCUGUGCAGGGGAUGACUCCGAGAUCUGUGGAGGGUUCAAUCGUGUCAGCAUCUACCAAGAUCCUACCUUUCCGGUUGCCGAUUACACUACAGUCUCCGAUUAUGUCAAAUCAGGCUGUUAUAGCGAGGGUUCCAUGGGUCGCUCCCUGGCUUGGAGACAGGAUCAGGUCGUUGCCGCUACAAUGACCGUGGAGGGCUGUCUUAAAGCUUGCAAGGCCGGUGGUUACUCAUUUGCAGGCCUCGAGUUUGCUUCUGAGUGCUAUUGUGGUGUUGUGUUGGGAAAUGGAACCUUGCCGCUCGACAGCAGCAAAUGUGACAUGCCUUGCAACGGAGACUCUACUAAAACCUGUGGUGGUCGGGGAACACUUGAUCUUUACGUCGCCAAGGAUUUGGAGUCCACAGAGCCAUGUGAGGGAGGAUCGUCAUCAUCUUCCAGCUCUGUCUCUCCUCCAACGUCUACCUCAUCCAGUUCAAGCAGCACCCAGCCACCAACUACGACUUCGACUUCUUCUAGAUCUUCAUCAAUUUCAUCCACUACCAAGACUUCAUCAUCGACAUCUUCAUCGCCAACAUCUACAACGAAGCUGCCAUCAUCGUCCUCAACCCCUCCCACAACCACAACGUCCAAGCCAGCUUCGCUUUGCACAUCAACUACAACUAUUUCACCAACCCCGACUUGUGAGUACAAAUGCGGCAAAUGGUGCUCGAACCCCAUCCCAAAGUUUACCGACAAGAACUCGUGCUGGUCUGCAUUCUCGUCAUGCACUGUUCAAGUCGCGUCCUGCUUCUUGAAUGCUGGUUUCCCAGAGAGCAUGAACUGCUUCGAAUUCUCCAGCUGGUGUACUUCAAUUUCGUCCUACUGUAACGGCUACUGCCCAGGAAACAACUGCUCGAAGGAUAACUGCAAGUCAAAAUAUCCACCCUCUGGCCCGCCCCUUCAGCCUCCAGCGGUAUCCACGACAGUCUACCCUUGUCCAGUCUCAACUGCUAAGCCAAGCACUACAUCUUCCACAGCAUCUCCUACGACUUGUGUACCUAUCCCAACGGAUACGAACAUUUGCAAGCAACCACAUAACCCUGGUAAAGGAUACAGCUCCUCAGCUCCUGUUGGAAAUAUUGGGCUCCCAUGCUUGACUUGCAACAACAUCUACUCCGACUACAAGGCUGGAUAUCCUUUCAAGCUUUACACUUCACCCCAAUCCAAGAACUGCCCUUCAUACCCCCGGGGCGGUAACAACGGCCCAACGCAAGCAUGCAAGGAUGCUUGUGACAGUCAAUACAGGAGCUGUAUCGAUACAUAUGCUCAAGGAUGCAAGAAUAACCGACGCAACAACCGCCGAGGGGACAAUUACGAUACCGCCACUCAGAAAUGUAAGAGCCAAUGGUGGGAUUGCUACAAAUGGAACAACGACGUUCAGCCUGGAAACAGGUGCGGCAAGUGGAACUCGGGAUGGUCAUAGACGGGUGAUGAGCGCUCCCAUCUAGAGUCCAUUUCCUUACUCGUUCUAAUAAUCUUUGUGACUACUUUUCGUUCAUAAUGUUUUUACCUUAGUAUUUAGUUCUGUGGUAGAUGCUACAAGCCGUGGAGAGGAAUGAUAGCCAGUUGAAAGUAGCUGAAAUAAAAUAGUCUUGUAAUU